AGCCUGCGCGCUAAGCUCAGCCAAACUGCGCCAGCGGUUCAAGAGCCGCUGCAGCCUCUCCUCUCUGGAGCGUGGGCGCCCAAUCCCCACACAAGAGAGAAUUUCGGUCCCUCACAAGGCAGGCAAAACUGCAGGAGGCGCCUGAUCGGUGCUGGCGCACCUGUGUGGACUGCAAUGCCGCGCUAACUGGAUGAAGAGGAGAGCAGCUGCUGCGCUUGAGAGGUGAAGGCGAACGGAGUGGGCUGCCCGGUUGGUGGAAGCCAGCUUGGCAACAGUCUUCGGGGAACGAACUUCGGGUUUCUUUUCGAAGUCACUUUUCUCCUGUCACACAAGAACUUAUUUUUUUCUCCUCCUCCUCCCCCCCUGAAGGAUUUUUCUAUACCGUUUGUAAAUAUUGCUUUCCCUUCUUGGAGAGAGUCGCGGAGACCGAGAAGAGCGGAGGAAAGCCAAGAAGAAAACUCCUGGCAAGGGACAAAGGCAAAGCCCUGCCUCGAACGAGCAACGACCAUGCCUCAGCUCUCGGGGGCCGGAGGAGGCGGCGGGGGGGAUCCGGAGCUUUGUGCCACCGACGAGAUGAUCCCUUUCAAAGACGAAGGUGACCCCCAGAAGGAGAAGAUCUUCGCGGAGAUCAGCCACCCGGAGGAAGAAGGAGACUUGGCCGACAUCAAGUCUUCGCUGGUGAACGAGUCGGAAACCAUCCCCAACAGCAAUGGGCACGAGGUAUCCAGGCAAGGCCAGGCUCAGGAAUCCUACCAUGACAAGGGCAGAGACCAUCCUGAAGAAGGCAAACACACAGAUGGCGGUUUAUACAGUAAAGGACCUUAUUCCAGUUAUUCUGGGUAUAUUAUGAUGCCAAAUAUGAAUAAUGAUCCAUACAUGUCCAAUGGAUCUCUUUCUCCACCCAUCGCUAGAACAUCAAACAAAGUACCAGUGGUGCAGCCUUCCCACGCGGUUCAUCCUCUCACCCCACUUAUCACCUACAGUGAUGAGCACUUUUCUCCAGGGACGCAUCCUUCACACCUUCCCUCAGAUGUCAACUCAAAACAAGGCAUGUCCAGACAUCCUCCGGGUCCUGAUAUCCCCUCCUUCUAUCCUUUGUCUCCUGGUGGUGUCGGACAAAUAACGCCACCUCUUGGCUGGCAAGGUCAGCCUGUAUAUCCCAUCUCAAGUGGAUUCAGGCAGCCCUACCCAUCCUCACUUUCAGUCGACACUUCCAUGUCCAGGUUUUCACAUCAUAUGAUUCCUGGGCCUCCAGGACCUCACACAACUGGAAUUCCUCAUCCAGCUAUUGUAACGCCUCAAGUCAAACAAGAACAUCCGCACUCAGACAGUGACUUAAUGCACGUGAAGCCUCAGCAUGAACAGAGGAAAGAACAAGAGCCCAAAAGACCUCACAUUAAGAAGCCUCUGAAUGCUUUCAUGUUAUACAUGAAAGAGAUGAGAGCAAACGUUGUAGCAGAGUGUACUCUGAAAGAAAGUGCAGCUAUCAACCAGAUUCUUGGCAGAAGGUGGCAUGCGCUGUCCCGUGAAGAACAAGCUAAAUAUUAUGAACUAGCUCGGAAAGAAAGGCAACUACACAUGCAGCUCUAUCCAGGCUGGUCUGCGAGGGACAAUUACGGAAAGAAAAAGAAAAGGAAGAGAGAGAAGCUACAAGAAUCGACAUCAGGUGGAAAGAGAAAUGCUUUUUCAACAUGCAAAGCGAAAGCAGCAACAUCAGGGCCCCUUCUUGAAAUGGAAGCUUGUUAAAUUUCCAGGCAUGUCCUUCAUCUGCACGGACCACCACUAAGGAGUAUGUCUCGGAUGUCUAAACUUGCCCUACUGUCACUGCUAAAGACACUGAACCAUAAAGACAAUCACUGCCACGUCCUUACGCUACCACGGACCCCUAAAACUGACACACUAAAAAGAACAAGAUGAGCAUUUCAGAACUACCCAUUAGCAGAGAAGCUUCUCGCCUUCCCUCUGCCUUACACACUCCUUCAUUUGUAUGUCACACGUUUGUCUGAGUCAGCACCAAAAUACUUCAGCUGUGUUGUCUUUGCUUCAACCAAGAAAGUGGUGUCAUCAGCCAUCCUGGCCCUUCAGAGAAGGAAUAAGGUUAAUUUGUUGAAGAAGGCACAAUCCAGUUUUAUUUAACAGUAUAAAAGGAUCAAUCUUUUAAAAGAAAACUUGAAUGCUUUUAUAUUUUAGUCAUUUCCUUGGUGUAUAUUUUAUUGUCCUUGAGCUUUUGAAAUAAGCAUCAAAGUCUU